AUGGCCGAGUCCCCUGGUUCUCCUCUCUCAUCAGUCGCCUCCGACGACAUGUCGGACCGCGAGGACCCCAAGCAGGGCUUCUCGCCCUCAGCGUCAAACCUGCCUCCUUCCAAGCGCCGUCGCACCGGAGCCGCAUCGUGGGAUCGCAAUACUCCCGUCUCGACGACCUUCCAGGAUGACCUCCCUCCACCCUCCCCCUCCAGCUCCAUCUCCUCAGACACCUCCGGCGAAAUCCCCAACUCCCCCGUCACCCUGUCUCUGAUCGGCGCCGCCAUCGACGAGGACUACAGCGGCAAAGGCAGCGAUCAAGUCACGACGUGUCAGUGGGAUGGCUGCAGCGCCGGCGACUUUGGCAACAUGGACGAUCUGGUCCAGCACAUCCACAAUGAGCACAUCGGCACCCGACAGAAGAAGUACUCCUGCGAGUGGAUGGACUGCAGUCGAAAGGGUCAAACGCACGCCAGCGGCUACGCACUGCGCGCUCACAUGAGGAGCCAUACUCGAGAGAAACCCUUCUACUGCACGCUACCGGAAUGCGAUCGGAGCUUCACCCGCUCCGACGCCCUCGCCAAACACAUGAGAACCGUCCACGAGACCGAAGCCCUCCGCCCGUCCGACCCCGUGCCCAAACAUCACAACGCACCCCCUUCCGUCGCGGGUACGCCCGCCGGCACGCCAGCCGGGAAGCUCCAACGCAUCAAGCUGAAGCUGUCGCAUCCGCCGAAAGACGAGGCCGACCAGUACAGCGAAAGCGCCAACGAGACCGCCGGCACCGAUGACCUCGACGAGUUCGAGAUCCCCGAGUUCAGCCCCGAGCUGGGCUUCGACGAGCACGAGAUGAGGAUGCGUCCGCAAGACCUUUACCGGCUGCUACGACGGCAGAUCCACUGGGCCGAGAAGGAAGGCCUGGGCCUACGCGACGAAUGGAAUAAGAUCCGACCCAAACGGAAGCAGGCGUGGCUGGAGAAAGAGGCCAUAUUUGACGACGUGAUUGACGCGCAGUUGCGGCUGUUCACCCUCCUCAUGGAAAGUGAGUCCGCCCCAGCUAAUGCGACCAACGGUGUCGACAAGUCUCAGACACAGCACACCGGGUCCAACGGUGUAGAAACAGAUGCGAAACAGACCGCCGUCUCGGCGUCUCCUCCAUGA